UCGCCACCAGGCCCUUUAUAUACGGCCGUUGCCCGUUUUGCCCCAGCAGAGACGUACGCGACCUCGAGAAAACAAGAAAAGCACACCAAGCUUGCUUCCUUGCUACGGCCGCUACGGCUUCGCACCAGUAGAACACACUACACUACACAACCUGGUGCUGUUCCGCUAUUCCGGCAAGGAAGCCGAUCGAUCGAGAAGCCAUUUUCGUGCAGGCGAUCGAGGAGUCUCGAAGAUGAACACGCCCACCUCAUGGCUCUUCGCCGACAACUCGAGGUACAGCAACCGGUCGCGGCUGCUCUUCAUCGGCCUCUCCUUCGCCAUCGGCAUCGCCACCUUCCUCCUCUACCUCGCCAUCUGGUACGUCUGCACCCGCCGCAGACGCAGCCAACGCCUGAUCGCCGCGGGCGCGGAGGACCAGGAGGCCAGCGCCGCCUCGCCGGGGCCCGGGCGCCGCGGCAUGAGCGACGCCGCCAUCGCCGCGCUCCCGACCUUCACGUACGAGCUCCCCGCCGUCGACGUUGUCCCAGGGGACGUGGACGACGCGAAUGAGGCGGCGGCGGACUGCGCGGUGUGCCUCGGGCAGGUGGAGGCCGGCGAGAUGGUGCGGCGCCUCCCCAAGUGCGCGCAUUUGUUCCACGCCGAGUGCAUCGACGCCUGGCUGCGCGCGCACUGCACCUGCCCCAUGUGCCGCGCCCCCGUCGGCCCGCCCACCGCCGCCGCCUCCAAGAAAGACGGCACCCCGCCGGCCGAUGGUAUAGCGACGGCAGAGUUGCUGCCACCUGUCUAGCUUCAUUGGGAUGAUUGAAGAAUUAAUAGCUACGAACAGCGAUCGGUCGACAAGGUAGGUAGAAGCGUAGGCUAGGACGAUGUAGAGGCCUAAUCUAUCGAGGCUGGGAGAUUAAUUUGGUUCGUAGUACAGUAUAUAGGUACGUGUACAGGAGUAUCUGUGACGUCGAUUGUUUUGGUAUU